AUCCAAAUUCUACGACAAAACAAUCAAAAUUCAAGCUAAAAAUGGCUAGCAAGAAAUCACAAGCAGAUGAACGUGCCGGAGCAGAAAUUGUGCGUGGAGCUGAAGAAUGCUACCAACACUCUAUUGAGCUCCUAGAAGAGCUGGGAUUUCCCAGAGGUGUACUUCCUCUCAAGGACCUUGUAGAAUGUGGACGAGUUCGUGAGACGGGCUUCGUUUGGAUGAAACAGAGGGCUCCCUAUGAGCAUUUCUUUGUCGGGAGUAACACACUUGUUAGCUAUGCCAAUGAGGUUACUGCAUAUGUGGAGAAAGGCAGGAUGAAGAAAAUGACUGGUAUAAAGAGCAAACAGUUGCUUUUGUGGGUGCCAAUAGUUGAAAUGAGUACUGAAGAAUCUGAUGCUAAGAAAAUUUAUUUCAAGACUCCCAUGGGGAUUGGUAGGUCAUUUCCUGUAACUGCUUUUAUGAGUCCAGAGGAGAAGAAAGUUUAUCUGGAGAAUGUCAAGGAGCCAUGAUGACUUAAAGGGCUCAUGAAUAUGCAUGUUACACUUUUUCUGCACUUCCAUUUGCUAAUCUUGAUUGUUGUUAUUGAUCGCAUUUUUAAUUAUGUUAUGAUGCAUAUUUGAAAUAUAUUUAUUCUCCGUCCUAUUGUACUUA